CACUUUUUCAUGAAUUGUUAGCCUCCAUAUUUUAUUACUUUUAUCUUCUUUGUUGGUUCUCAAUUGCUUGCCAAAAAAAUACGAGGAAAGAAUUGCUUUCUCUCCCAUUGGAAGUGAGACAAUACUCCUAUUCCUAUAACUAGUCAGUAAGAACCUGCUUUCCAAAUAUUACUGGGAAAGUAAGAGGGGGCUCUUCCGUUGCUGCCUACUGCUGCCUUUAUAAAUACUCGGUACUCCUCAUCACUUUUUGAGAAUCUCACCUCUGCUCUCUGCUCUCUGCUCUCUCAUUAUCCUCUAUCUGCAGUGCCGAGAUCCCAGCCCUGCAGAGAUUCCUUCAACCUCCUCCAAUAUUUUCCAGUUGCUCUGUUUCUCUACUUGUCUGAACUUAUGGCUCCAUUAGCAUCAUUGUUGGUGUCCCUGUUAACCAUACUUGGGCUAUUCACAUCAGGAGUUCUUUCAACCACAUUCACAAUGGUGAACAAGUGCGAGUACACAGUUUGGCCCGGCAUUCUCACCAACGCCGGCGUGCCUCCCCUUCCGACCACCGGCUUUGCUCUCCAAAAGGGCGAGACCAAGACCAUCUCUGCCCCAACCUCCUGGGGCGGCCGCUUCUGGGGCCGAACCCUCUGCUCCCAAGACUCCACCGGCAAAUUCUCCUGCGUCACAGGCGAUUGCGGCUCCGGCAAAGUAGAAUGCGCCGGUAACGGCGCUGCCCCGCCCGCCACUCUCGCUGAGUUCACCCUCGACGGCUCCGGCGGCCUCGAUUUCUUUGACGUCAGCCUCGUCGACGGUUACAACCUCCCUAUGUUGGUGGUCCCACAGGGCGGCAGUGGGACCAACUGUUCGAACACCGGCUGCGUGGUCGAUCUCAACGGCCUUUGCCCUUCCGAGCUCAAGGUCACCAGCGCCGACGGCAGAGAAGGCGUGGCCUGCAAGAGCGCGUGCGAGGCGUUUCAACAGCCGCAGUACUGUUGCAGCGGCGCGUAUGGUACUCCGGACACUUGCAAGCCGUCAUCCUACUCUCAGAUAUUCAAGAACGCGUGUCCACAUGCUUACAGUUACGCAUACGACGAUAGGACCAGCACCUUCACAUGUGCUGCUGCGGAUUACACCAUCACUUUCUGCCCCUCGCCUAGCACCAGCGAGAAAGCGUCUCAGGGACAGAACACACAGCCACAGCCUACAAAUACUACUACAGGUACAGGUACACCGUCGUCUACAAGCAGCUCACCGGAGCCGAUAAACAACACAAUGGAAUACGAAGGUGCCUCGUACGAUCAAAGCGAAGCAUCGUCGUCCACGCGUACUACAUCACAUGCAAUUGCGGGUUUGGUUACCGUCGCGCUGGCCAUUCAGCUGCUGUCGCAGCUCUUCUUCUAACUUCUUCCGUGAGGGUGGCCCAUAACUUGGGCCCUCAAUUGGGGACGUGGACCCUACAACUUUUUUGCACCAAUUUUAUUUUCAUUAUUUUUUAUAGUUUUAUAUGGCAUGGGCCAUGUGAAAUUGUUUAGUGGGGCCCAUGUGACGUGGAUUUGAGUCAUUGAUUGAAAAGCCCACCACCCGUCUGCUUAACCUUGUUCAGGAAUUGAAGUUGCUUUCUUUAAGGAACAAGUUGUUUUGUAGGGGCACCCAAUUGGAUUGGAUUGGAUUAGAUUAGAUAUAUAGAAAUGCAAAAAAUUGUGGUAGUGGAAAUGAAGCUAGAGCUCUUGGUUGGAAGGAAGGAAUAUUUUAGAUUAUUUUUUAAUUUUUGGUCAUCCAAUUCUUUAUGUUAAAUGGAGGGUCGAAAUUGGUUUGUUUGUAUUUUUGGGGAAUGUUGCUAUACAAAUAUAGAGUUUAUUAUUAUUAUUAUAA